GAAGAGAUUGAGAAGAUGGCAAUGAUGGUGUAUUUGGCGGCUCUUCUUCCAUUUUUACUGGUGAGCGGAUGCAGUCAGGAUAAAGACAUGCCGGUCGACUGCUCUGACGUCUAUAAAUCAGGACAAACAGUCAGUGGGAUUUACUCCAUCUAUCCAGCAGGUGAUUUUCCUGUCUGGGUUUACUGUCAGAUGAUCUCAGAUGGGAAAGAGGAAGAUAAAGGAGGAUGGAUGGUGAUUCAGAGGAGAAUGGACGGCAGUGUGAAUUUCUAUCGGCCGUGGAAUCAGUACAAGAGAGGAUUUGGGAAUGUGGAGGGUGAAUACUGGCUGGGGCUGGAGAACAUGUACCAGCUGACACGUAAGAACAAGUACAUGCUGAGAGUGGAUCUGGAGGACUUCACUGGAAGGAAAGGUUUCGCUCUGUACUCGUCCUUCUCUGUGGAUUGUGAAACUGAUGGGUAUAAACUGCAUAUUUCAGGGUUCAAGGAUGGAGGAGCAGGCGACUCUUUAUCUAGCCAUAAUGGAUUCAAGUUCUCCACCUUUGACAAGGAUCAAGACACCUUUGAUAAGAACUGUGCCAAAACAUUUCUCGGGGCAUUUUGGUACGCAGCCUGUCACAGUACAAAUCCUAACGGCGUGUAUUUGUGGGGUGAAGAUCCCACCAUUUUCGCCAUUGGAAAUGUUUGGUACACCUGGAAGGAUAGUCAUGCUGUCGGUAUGAAAUUCAUCAGCAUGAAGAUCAGACGUGUGUCUUAGACCUUUGAAAAAAAA